ACAUCACAAGCAAAUUGCCCCUCCUCCACAUGUCCUCCCCUUUUCCUGCGAAAAUGAUUUGAGAACAUCAAUAUCAUUUCCAGUUUUCCAUCCUCCAAAAACCAAACCCCAUCUUAUCUCUCCUCUCAGUAUUUUUUUCUCAGUCUCCUCAGAUUCACACUCACUCCUCCUUUCCCUUUCAAGCUUGUUCUUUUUCUUGCUUUUUUCCCUCCAUUUCUUUGAUCGGUGAAGUGGGUUGUUGUUGGCUCCGGUGACCAGGACCGAGGAGCAGACGUACAUGUGAUUGUGGGGUUUUUCUGUGGCAGUAAACUGUUGAAUUUCUGGUCUGUUAGGGUUUUAUCUUUCAUUUGGACCGCAGUUUGAUAGUGGUUGUGGGUCUUAGUCAAGGACCUACUUCAUGUUGUCGCUUGGAUGAUUGAAUGUGAAUUAUUGGGGUUGAAGCUCUAGAGGGUACCCGAUUUAUUUGCAUGCCAAUGUUUUUGUAUUGAACAUUGUUACCCUUCAUUGAAAUUAUUGAAGUGAGAGAGAGAGAGAAGAGAGAGAAGUUGGUGCUUGUUAGCUUUGUUGGGUUGAUGGAUGAGGGUAAACAUUUUUAGGGCUCUGAGUGGAUUUCAAGGUUUUAGGUGGGGGAAUUCACUGCCUGCGUUGAAAGUUAUUAGGGGAAAUUUACAAAUUUUACUGGGUUACGCUUUUGCAGUACGUUGAGGCCAGCAGAGAUCGUUUGGAAUUAUGCUGUUAGUUUGUUUAGAGCACUAGGAAAUGGAAGGGAGAGAAAGUUUUGUGCUGCUUUUGUAGUUUGGAAUUCACGUGCUUAAAUUUAGGCCGCUGAUUUUACUUUAGUUGUCUGAAUUUAACACAUGCAGAUUCAUAUCUGCAAGAGAGUUACUGGAUUGAGACGUGAGAGGUUAGUUUCUUGAAUUUCUCUGGUGCACUGUUCUGCAUUUUCUUGAGCUUUGAAGUUCGGUUGAUUCGAAGGGGGAUUGCUACAAAUAUUACUAGGGUAAAUUCGGAUUAUUAGAGUAAAAGUGGGAAAGAAAUAAAAGCAAUACUCUUUCAAGCAAAGGGGAUAGAUUAUUUGCUAUAUUUUCAACCCACCAGAUCUGAGUGACUGAGAUGGCCGAAUGACAUGAGAUUCUGAG